AUGGGACCUAGAUCUAUUAACCUCGGUAGCGGACCCAUAUUUCAGGAAUCUGCGCUUGGAUGGCUAGUUGGCGGAUUAGCCUCCUUGCAAGCUCUUCGGCAGGCUACCGUGGCGAUUGUUACAGCCAACCCGAAUACAACAAAGAUGCCAAAUGUCGAAUCGAGACCGGAGGCCAAUGACAACGGUGAGAACCUAGAAGUUCUAUUCAGGAAAUUCUGGACGCUGGAAGAGGUGACUUCUGCGGAAGCGAAGCCCUGCUACAGCGUGAAUAUUUGCGAAGACCAUUUUCGAAAAAAUACAACCAUAGGGCCAGAUGGAAAAUUUGUAGUACGCUUACCCCUAAAGCGCGAGGCGCAGUUAUUAGGCCAUUCUUUCGAACAGGCAAAAAGGCGACUGCUUUCGCUGGAGAAUCGCCUAGCCUAUCACCCAGAAAUUUACGAGCAAUAUCGAUCAUUUCUUGCGGAAUAUCUCUCAAUGAAUCACAUGGAAGCUGUCCACCCUAGAGACACUUCCCGCAUCGGGUACUACAUACCACAUUCCUGCGUGAUUAAGCCAGAUUCCACCUCAACCAAGUUGCGGGUAGUAUUUGAUGCUAGCGCAAAAACGUCAACACAAUUAUCACUUAAUGAUAUCCAACACAGUGGACCCGUGAUUCAGCGUGAAUUAUUUGAUCUGCUUUUGGAUUUCCGAUGCCACGACAAGGUAGUUACCGCAGACAUAGUAAAGAUGUAUCGUCAGGUGAACAUUCACGAGGAGGACUCAUGGUUGCAAUGCAUCCUUUGGCGGGAAUCGCCGUCUGAGGAAAUUCAAGCAUACCGGUUGAAAACGGUAACAUACGGGGAAGCGGCAUCAUCUUUCCUAGCAUGCCGAGCACUUCACGAGGUCGGACAGGAAAUUCGACCUGAACAGCCUGAAAUUGCAGACACCAUUCAGCAAUGUUUCUAUGUGGACAAUCUUAUGAUGGGGGGAGAUUCUACAAUCGAUUUACUGGAAAAACGAAAAGCUGUAGAAUCAGCCUUGAUGAAGCGAGGUUUUCCCCUGCGAAAGUGGGCAUCCAAUGAUGUCAACAUUCUCGCUGACGUGUCGAACGAGGAUCUAGAGAAGGAAAUACGAAUCGGAGAUCAUGACAUUAUAAAAACCCUGGGCGUUGCUUGGUCGCCAAAGGACGACACAUUCCGCUGUAUCACAGAUAAUCAGGUAAAUACAAUAGAAAGCAUGACGAAACGGCAACUAGCCUCAGAGAUAUUGAGGCUGUACGAUCCAUUAGGCAUCAUGCAACCGAUAAUCAUCACCGCUAAAAUACUUCUCCAAGGACUUUGGAAAGUUAAGUUAAAAUGGGACGACAAAAUUCCUUCUGCAUCACUACAUCAAUGGCUGCAGCUUAAGAAAACGCUACCGAAAUUGUCUGACUUGGAGCUACCACGCCAAGUAAUUCCUAGUAAUCCAGUGCACUUGGAACUGCACGGGUUUUCCGAUGCAUCCAACCUGGCCUAUGGGUGUGCGAUCUAUGCUUACGCCCAGGAUGAGCAAGGAAAAGAAUCCAUGAAUUUAUUGUGUGCAAAAUCGCGCGUGGCUCCACUGAAGGACGUCACACUUCCACGAAAAGAGCUCUUAGGCGCGAAACUGCUAGCAGAGCUGAUGGCCCGAAUCAGCAAAAUUGUACCAUCUCGUGCCACAAACACUUGCUUUUGGUGCGACUCACAAAUCGUAUUAGCUUGGAUCCACUCGAAUGCUCCCCACAACGAAGUAUACGUGCGAAACAGGAUCAACGUGAUCCAGUCCCUCACUAAUUCCAGAGAUUGGCACUACAUUCCUACAGAUCAGAACCCCGCGGAUAUAGUCUCCAGAGGCAUCUCUGUGAGAAAAUUACUGAACAUGAAAAGAGAAAUGUGGUUGCAUGCCACCCCCUACGUUUUGCAAAAUCGCCAACCCGCCGAGCUACUCGUAGCUUUGCCAAUGACUACCGUUAGUUCUUCUGCCAACGACAACAUCAUCAUCGAAGCCGAGGACCUAAUAGCAAGGUAUCCUCAUCACAAUUCAUUUCGACGAACGCGAAAGCACUUUGCCUUCCUUCAGCGGACUUUGAAUAAUUUCAUGGCCAAAUCUGCAACUAUCCGGGGCCGCGGUAUCAUCAGGGAGUUCUCAAACGGACCCAUAACUGCCAGUGAGUUAGAAGCUGGCGAACGCCUGAUCAUCAAGCAUCUUCAACGUCUCAGCUAUCCGGAAGAAUUCGCUCACCUUGAAGAUAAAGGGGUUCCUACCAAACAAGGCCCUCUUCAACAUCUCUGUCCUGUCAUCAAAGAUGGACUGAUUCGGAUCGUGGGAAGACUUAGCCUCGCUGAUCUGCCCCAAAAUCAACGAAGUCCAAUCCUGAUCCCUCGAGAACACUUCUUCGGAAAAAUUGUGUUGGACCACAUUCAUAGGCGAAACCUCCAUGCAGGAAUGGAUACUAUCAUUGCAGAUUUCCAGCAGUAUUACUGGAUGCGAAACCUCAGAAAAACAGCCAAAGCUGUUAUCAACAAGUGCAUCUUAUGCGCACGUGCUAGGCCCCGGAAACUUCAACAACAAAUGGGCCAAUUACCCAGAGCAAGGGUGACUCCAUCACCUACCUUUGCACAUACCGGAGUCGAUCUAUGCGGCCCGUUCCAGGUUUUACCAAGCCCACGGGCUAAGACGAGGAUGACGGUAUACGUAUGCAUAUUCAUAUGCUUUUCUACAAAAGCAGUGCAUCUAGAAGUGGUGGAAAACCAAUCCGCCGAUGCGUUCAUAUCAGCAUUAAUGAGAUUUACUUCGUUGCGCGGCAGGCCAGAGGUAAUCUACUCCGAUAACGGAAGAAACUUCGUCGGAGCGAGCAGAGAGCUCACUGAACUCCGAAAAAUCUAUAAUGAUGAGAAUUUCCAGAACCAAUUGGUUGAAACUGCAGCUGACAAGGGAAUAAACUUCUCCUUCAUUCCACCUAGAAGCCCCAAUUUUGGAGGGCUCUGGGAGGGUAAUAUCAAAGUCGCGAAGCGCUUGUUUGCCGCAGCAGCCCGUGGAGCCUGUUUCAACAUUUUGGAGUUGCAGACUGUGCUGUACCAGGUUGCGGCCAUAAUGAACUCUCGUCCUUUAACCGCGGUCUGGUCGGACCCCAGCGUGCCACAGCCGCUAACCCCAGGUCACUUUCUCAUCGGGAGACCCAUGACGGCUCUACCCAUACCAAUCAAACUGAACGAAAACGGGAACCUUUCAAUACGCUGGAAGCGCAUUCAGCGCCAAACCCUGCAAUUCUGGAACAAGUGGCAAGAUGAAUACUUGCAACACCUGCGCUGCGUAGCCAAGUGGACCAAACGGCAGCCUGAUUUAGAAAUUGGACAAAUUGUCCUCAUAGGAGACGACAACAACCCCGUAGCAAAGUGGCCUAUGGGGAUAGUCACUAGUACCCAUCCGGGUGCAGACGGAAUCGUUCGAGUCGCCACGGUUCGCGUGGGACCCAACGUGUACAAGCGCAAUAUUCGGCUAUUGGCUCCACUACCACUCGAAUUACCAGAAGCCGACAUCAGCAUCGAACGAAGGCCAGUCAACCAAAUAUCAGAGCACGAAGAAGACCUUCCACCUCAAGCCAUUUGGGACGGUCGCCUACGCCUUCGCCCCAAAGGGGGGAGAAAAUGGAAGUAG